GGUGCUGAGCAGUGUUAGUGCUUAAAGUGAUGGCGCGCAUACAAGGUGCGCUUUUCGUUCUCGCAGUCUUCGCCGCUGUCUUCUUCACAGUUGAAGCAGCUCGCGUUAAGAGACAAGAAGAUACAAACGCAAAGAAGGAGGAGAGCUUCGAGGUUGAACUGUGCAAGAACAAAGAUGCUGGAGAAUGGUUCCGUUUGGUAGCAGGAGAAGGCGACAAUUGCCGUGACGUAAUCCAAUGUACCUCUUCGGGUUUGCAAGCAAUUAGGUGUCCGGCCGGUCUGUACUUCGACAUCGAUAAGCAGACUUGCGAUUGGAAGGAUUCCGUCAAGAAUUGCAAACUGAAGAACAAGGAGCGCAAGGUUAAGCCUCUGCUCUUCACCGACGAACCUCUCUGCAACGACGGUUCCUUGGCCUGCGGUGACGGCACCUGCAUCGAGAGGGGUCUCUUCUGCAACGGCGAGAAGGAUUGCGCCGACGGUUCCGAUGAGAACACCUGCGACAUUGACAACGAUCCGAACAGGGCUCCACCGUGCGACCCUGCCGUGUGCGUUCUUCCGGAUUGCUUCUGCUCAGAAGAUGGUACCACCAUUCCCGGAGAUCUUCCGGCUAAAGACGUGCCGCAGAUGAUCACCAUCACCUUCGACGAUGCCAUCAACAACAACAACAUCGAGCUGUACAAGGAGAUGUUCGAUGGAAAGAGGAAGAACCCGAACGGCUGCGACAUCAAGGCCACCUUCUUCGUCUCGCACAAGUACACCAAUUACUCUGCCAUGCAGGAGAUGCACCGUAAAGGACACGAAAUCGCAGUCCAUUCGAUCACGCAUAACAAUGAUGAACGUUUCUGGAGCAACGCCACCGUCGAUGAUUGGGCCAAGGAGAUGGCCGGUAUGAGGAUCAUCGCUGAGAAGUACGCCAACUUGACCGACAACAGCGUCGUUGGAGUUCGUGCCCCAUACUUGAGGGUCGGCGGCAACAACCAGUUCACCAUGAUGGAAGAACAGGCCUUCCUCUACGACUCGACGAUCACUUCCCCGUUGAGCAAUCCACCGCUGUGGCCGUACACCAUGUACUUCCGUAUGCCUCAUCGUUGCCACGGCAACUUGCAGAGUUGCCCGACUAGGUCUCACGCCGUCUGGGAGAUGGUGCUGAACGAGUUGGACAGAAGGGAAGAUCCGACCAGCGACGAGGUCGUACCCGGCUGCGCGAUGGUCGACUCCUGCUCGAACAUCCUCACCGGCGACCAGUUCUACAACUUCCUCAACCACAACUUCGAUCGUCACUACGAGGAGAACCGCGCCCCGCUCGGUCUCUACUUCCACGCCGCCUGGCUCAAGAACAACCCCGAAUUCCUCGAGGCCUUCCUCUACUGGAUCGACGAGAUCCUCGCCAACCACAACGACGUCUACUUCGUGACGAUGACCCAGGUGAUCCAGUGGAUCCAGAACCCGAGGACGGUUUCGGAAUCGCUGAAGUUCGAGCCGUGGAGGGAAAAGUGCAACGUCGAAGGAAUCCCCGCCUGCUGGGUACCGCAUUCCUGCAAGCUCACCUCCAAGGAGGUUCCCGGGGAGACCAUCAAUCUGCAGACUUGCGUGCGUUGUCCCAACAACUACCCAUGGCUCAACGACCCGACCGGCGAUGGUUUCUACUAAGUCAAUUUAAUUAAACUAACAAACAAACAAA